CAGCGGCGGGGGCAGCGGCAGCCCCGGAGCCGCGGCAAGGACUCGGCGGGCUGACGCGCAGCGGCGGCGGCGGCAGCGACACCGAGUGCGUAGGGCGCGGCGGCCGGAGCCGGGGGCCCGCCAUGGGCCGCCCCGAGCGGGGCGCGCUCCGGCCGCUGGCGCUGCUGCUGCUGCUGCUGCUGCUCCGACCCCAGCAUCUUGCGGCGGCAGCGGAUCCACUGCACGGUAGCCAAGGGCUGGUCAAGGAAUGCGAAGAGAACCAGUUCCGGUGCCAGAACGGGCGCUGCAUCCCCUCUGUGUGGAGAUGCGAUGAGGACGAUGACUGCUUGGACAACAGCGACGAGAACGACUGCCCCAAGAAGACCUGCACGGACAGCGACUUCACCUGUGACAACGGCCACUGCAUCCCCGAGCGGUGGAAGUGUGAUGGCGAGGAGGAGUGUUCCGACGGCUCCGACGAGUUCGAGGCCACUUGCACAAAACAGGUGUGUCCUGCAGAGAAGCUGAGCUGUGGACCCACCAGCCACAAGUGUGUGCCCGCCUCGUGGCGCUGUGACGGGGAGAAGGACUGCGAGAGCGGAGCGGACGAGGCUGGCUGUGCCACCUUGUGCGCCCCUCACGAGUUCCAGUGCAGCAACCGCUCGUGCCUGGCCGCUGUGUUCGUGUGCGAUGGCGACGACGACUGUGGCGACGGCAGCGACGAGCGCGGCUGCUCCGGGCCGGCCUGCGGGCCCCGCGAGUUCCGCUGCGGCGGCGAGGGUGGCGCCUGCAUCCCCGAACGCUGGGUCUGCGACCGCCAGUUCGACUGCGAGGACCGCUCGGACGAGGCGGCCGAGCUCUGCGGCCGCGCCGGUCCCGGGGCCACGUCCACGCCCGCCGCCUGCGCUGCCGCCCAGUUCCCCUGCCGCAGCGGCGAGUGUGUGCACCUGGGCUGGCGCUGCGACGGCGACCACGACUGCAAGGACAAGUCGGAUGAGGCCGACUGCCCACUGGGGACCUGUCGUGGGGAUGAAUUCCGGUGUGGGGAUGGGACCUGUGUCCCUUCAAUCAAGCGCUGCAACGAGGAACAGGACUGUCCGGAUGGGAGUGAUGAAGCUGGCUGCCUAAAGGAACCGACAUGUGAGGGCCCCCGCAGAUUUCAGUGUAAGAGUGGAGAGUGCGUGGACGGCGGGAAAGUGUGUGAUUCUCAGAGGGACUGCCGGGACUGGUCGGAUGAGCCUCUGAAAGAGUGUGUUAUGCCAACAUCCCGGGGAAACAGGAGGAGGCCCAGGGGGUUGAAUGAGUGUCUGCACAACAAUGGCGGCUGCUCCCACAUCUGCACUGACCUCAAGAUCGGCUUUGAGUGCACCUGCCCCGCGGGCUACCGGCUCCUGGACCAGAAGACCUGUGGCGACGUUGACGAGUGCGAGGACCCCGAUGCCUGCAGCCAAAUCUGUGUCAAUUACAAGGGCUACUUUAAGUGCGAGUGCCACCCUGGCUACGAGAUGGACACACUGACCAAGAACUGCAAGGCUGUCGCUGGCAGAAGCCCGUCCCUGAUCUUCACCAACCGGCAUGAAGUGCGGAGGAUAGACCUGGUGAAGCGGGACUACUCGCGCCUCAUCCCCAUGCUCAAGAAUGUCGUGGCGCUGGACGUCGAAGUUGCCACCAAUCGCAUCUACUGGUGUGACCUCUCUUACCGCAAGAUCUACAGCGCCUACAUGGACAAGGCCAGCGACCCGGCGGAGCAGGAGGUCCUCAUCGACGAGCAGCUGCACUCUCCGGAGGGCCUGGCGGUGGACUGGGUCCACCAGCACAUCUACUGGACGGACUCGGGCAACAAGACCAUCUCCGUGGCCACCGUCGAUGGCAGCCGCCGCUGCACUCUUUUCAGCCAUGACCUCAGUGAACCCCGGGCCAUCGCCGUUGACCCCCUGCGAGGGUUCAUGUACUGGUCUGACUGGGGGUACCAGGCCAAGAUCGAGAAGUCUGGGCUCAAUGGUGUGGACCGGCAGACACUGGUGUCAGACAGUAUCGAGUGGCCCAAUGGAAUCACCCUGGACUUGCUGAACCAGCGUUUGUACUGGGUGGACUCCAAACUGCACCAGCUGUCCAGCAUCGACUUCAGCGGAGGCAACAGGAAGAUGCUGAUUUCCUCCCCGGACUUUCUGAGCCACCCUUUUGGGAUAGCUGUGUUUGAGGACAAGGUGUUCUGGACGGACCUGGAGAACGAGGCCAUUUUCAGUGCAAAUCGGCUCAAUGGCCUGGAAAUCUCCAUCCUAGCUGAGAACCUCAAUAACCCACAUGACAUUGUCGUCUUCCAUGAGCUGAAGCAGCCGAGAGCUGCCGACGCCUGCGAGCUGACCGCCCAGCCCAAUGGAGGCUGCGAGUACCUGUGCCUUCCUGCUCCUCAGAUCUCCGGGCACUCUCCCAAGUACACGUGUGCCUGUCCUGACACCAUGUGGCUGGGCCCGGACAUGAAGAGGUGCUACCAAGCACCUCAAUCUACCUCAACCACGACGUUAGCCUCUACCAUGACGAGGACAGUGUCCGACUCCGCAAGAGCCCCGGGGACCCCCGCCCACAGCCCCACGGACCAGAACCACAGCACCGAGAAACCAAGCCUGGCAGCUGCCGUCCCAAGCUCUGUUAACGCCCCCAGGGCUUCCAGCAUUGGCCCCUCCACCCCAAGCCCUGCAACCAGCAACCACUCCCAGCACUAUGGGAACGAAGGCGGCAAGAUGGGCUCAACAGUCACCGCCGCCGUCGUCGGGGUCCUUGUGCCCAUGGCGGUGAUAGCCCUCCUGUGCAUGAGUGGCUACCUGAUCUGGAGAAACUGGAAGCGGAAGAACACCAAAAGCAUGAACUUUGACAACCCAGUGUACAGGAAAACGACAGAAGAAGAGGAUGAAGAUGAGCUCCACAUAGGGAGGACUACUCAGAUUGGCCAUGUCUAUCCUGCAGCAAUCAGCAGCUUUGAUCGCCCACUGUGGGCAGAGCCCUGUCUUGGGGAGACCAGAGAACUGGAAGACCCAGCCCCUGCCCUCAAGGAGCUUUUUGUCUUGCCGGGAGAACCAAGGUCACAGCUGCACCAACUCCCGAAGAACCCUCUUUCCGAACGGCCUGUCGUCAAGUGCAAGCGAGUGGCGCUGAGCCUGGAAGACGACGGACUGCCCUGAGGACAGGACCGCUCCCCGCGUGCCUCCCAGGAUUCAGUUCCAUGCACUACGCUCUCCGGAUGUUGUGUGCCUGAGUGGACGGGUGUAUGGGUCUGUGUGUGCGCGUGUGUGCGUGUGAGAUUUAUUUUCUAAUUUAUGUUGCAGAAAGGUAACCACAAAGUUAUGAUGAACUGCAAACAUCCAAAGGAUGUGAGAGUUUUUAUAUGUAUAAUGUUUUAUACACUUUUUACCUGGUUGCACUACCCAUGAGGAACUCAUGGAACGGCUACUGCUGAGUGACUAACGUGACAUACAGAACCAAACGGGGCCGACGGGACAGCAGCUCACUCAUCAUUUAAAAACUAUGUCUACAGAGAGAGUAUUUGAUUUGGGGGAUUUUUUAGGUUUUGGAGUUUUGGGGGGUUUUUUGUACAUAAAAAUGAUUAUGCUUUGUGGCUAUCCAUCAACAUAAAAAAAAAAAAACACUUCAACUCCCUCCCCAAUUUAGAUUAUUUAUUAACCAACUUCAAAAAUAAGAUUAGUUCUAUAAAUGAGUUAGAGAAGUGAGAGUAUUUAUUUUGGGUGUGACUGGCCCACCACACAGACUGUGUGUGUCUGUGUUGUGUGUAUGUGUGUGUGUGUGUGCAAGAGAAGAAUCUAGAGCAGCGGCACACCUGUGGCUGUGGUUCACGUACAGAUAGAUAGAUAUAUGUUAAAGAGGGUAUCUGUAGAGUUCAGAGAAGCCUUCGGAAAUUUGACUCAGAAGACAGAUACCAAGGAGCGUGCAAACAUGUAGUGGAAGUGGCAGAAUCUUUCCACCUCGUGCUAUUCUUGGGAUCCCAGUCAGUCAGGAAAAGCCCUUCAGCUCACCCGUGGCUCUGUGACUCCUACCUGCGCUCUCUCCUGUGUGGGCAAGGCCAGCGUGCAGACUUUACACAGCAAGGUUCUCGUGAGUUCAGGUGAGAACAUGCCUGAACCUCGGCUACUCCUUGUUUGAAAGUUCAGCAUUUCAAGUUAAGUUCAUUUUCCUUCAGGACACUUGGGUUGAAUUCAUUAAGUUUCCGCUGAAGCACCCAGAGGGCACUUUCCCUGCUUACAGGGAACUAACUGGAGAUGUUUCCAGAUCAGCCCAAGUUUGCUCUAGGAAGUGGCUGAGGCACAGAGCCUCUGAGAGAGGCUACGGAUGAGGACAGAGAUGGCGGGAUGGGCUUUGGUACAUCUCCACCUCUCCCUUCCUCUCACUCCCCACCGUCUCCCUCAGAUGGGGAGGUGAAGCACGUAGGUUAGUUGCCAUGGUGUGUUCAUGUGGAAGAAACUAAUUUGGGGCUCCAGUCAGGAAAGUGGACAAGCCUAGCAUCCUGUUUGAGGGGACAUGGCAAAUGCAAUACUACAGUACACUGGAUUCCACUGUGUUCACGCAGGGAUUGGCUUUACUGCUUUGUAAAUAAAAGGAAAAACUCUAGGCA